UAAUAUAUAACUCGUAGCAUUUUAAUUCGAUAUUUUCUAUUCUGUUGGUGAGUGAUUCAUAACUUUAGUAAUUCUGAAAAUAUAUAUGGCGGCUUCCCGGAUGUCAAUCCCCGUUGUUUUAGUUCCCUUGGGGAUUUUCUUCUUGAUCGUUUCUUCUUCUGCAGAGAAAGCUCCAUACACUUCAUUUGCGAAAAACGCAACAUCAGCUCCGUCAAUAGGUUACUACGACUACGUAAUCAUCGGAGGCGGAACCGCCGGAUGCCCACUGGCAGCAACGCUCUCCGCCUCCGCAAAAGUACUACUCCUCGAGAGGGGCGGCCUUCCGUACGACAACCCCAACAUCGUCCACGCCGCGGGCUUCUUCAAAACGCUGGUGGACUCUAACUCGUCCCUGGCUUCCCCCGCGCAGCUCUUCAUCUCCACCGACGGCGUUCGCAACCACCGCGCCCGUGUACUGGGCGGAGGCUCCGCCAUCAACGCCGGGUUCUACACGCGCGCCAGCAGCUACUACGUGAAUCAGGUCGGGUGGGACCCGCGCCUAGUGAAUGAGUCGUACGAGUGGGUGGAGAGGAAGGUGGCGUUCCGGCCGCAACUACGGCAGUGGCAGGCGGCGGUGAGAGAAGGACUGCUGGACGCCGGCGUGUUGCCGGACAAUGGCUUCACGUACGAGCAUUUGCAUGGCACCAAAAUUGGGGGCACAAUUUUCGAUGAAGAUGGAGUUAGGCAUACCGCCGCAGAUUUGUUGGAGUAUGCUCAGCCAAACAAUAUUACUGUUUAUUUGCAUGCAGCUGUGCACCAAAUCCUCUUCACCACUUCCCCAGGGCAAAGAGCCAAGGCUUAUGGAGCAUUAUUCAAAGACUCAAAAGGCAACGCACAUAUGGCUUACUUAAAUAAGGGAAGUAAAAAUGAGAUAAUUGUGUCUGCGGGUGCGUUGGGCAGCCCGCAACUUCUAAUGCUGAGUGGUAUCGGGCCGGGCUCUAAACUCAAGGCCCGUGGAAUACAAGUAGUUUUGGACCAGUCAAUGGUGGGCCAAGGGAUGUCUGACAACCCACUCAAUGGUUUCGUAAUACCUUCUAGAAGGCCUGUGGAAUCCUCCCUCGCUCAGGUGGUUGGCAUAACUGAUAUUGAUUUUUUCAUUGAAGCAGUUAGUGGCCAAUUCAACCCCUCUACAUACCAAUCGGGCAACUACCAUGGACUCCUCAUGGGAAAGGUAUCAGGACCAUUCUCAAGGGGGUAUAUGGAGCUAGAUAGCAGGAACCCCAACGACAAUCCAAGCGUCACAUUCAACUACUUCAGUGACUCGAGGGACUUGCACAAGUGCGUGCAAGGCAUGGAAAUCCUCAAAAGAGUUGUGAAAUCACAGCCCAUCUCCCAAUUUCGAUACCCUAACAGCACGAUACAAUCACUAUUGGAGUAUACGUUGUCGAUUCCCCUCAACCUCAGGAUUAAACACAAGUCAGCAGCUUAUGACAUGGAACAAUAUUGCAAGGACACGGUGAUAACAAUAUGGCAUUAUCAUGGAGGUUGCCAAGUGAAUCGGGUCGUUGAUGGUGACUAUAGGGUGCUCGGUGUAGAUGCAUUGCGAGUUGUUGAUGGUUCCACCUUUUACUACUCGCCUGGAACUAAUCCUCAGGCUACACUUAUGAUGCUCGGGAGGUAUAUGGGACAGAAAAUUCUGCAGCACAGACAGAGGGAAAUAGGCACGUAGCUGUUUAGUUAAAUUAAUGUGUUAAUUAAAGGUGCAUCAAGAUGUAACUGCACAUAUGAAAAUCUUCUAGUUUUUAUUUUUUGGUAAUUAGAAUGACUUUUAUUACCAAGUGAAGCAGUGUAAGCAAAACUUUACAAUCAAUAAUCCAACAAACUAUUCAAUUCUAUCUA